AUGAUUUCUCCAAUCUCCCAGAAUGUGGAAGGACGUGUACCCUACGGAGAAGCCUAUCAUGGAUACUGGAUUCAAGACAUGUAUGCGUUGAAUUCACACUUCGGCACGCAUCAAGAUCUGCUUGACUUGAGUAAAGCUCUCCAUGAUCGAGGCAUGUACUUGAUGGUAGAUACUGUUAUCAACAACAUGGCAUACAUCACCGACGGUGGAAACCCGGCAACUAGCAUUGAUUAUACAGUUCUCAGUCCUUUCAACGAUCCGAAGUUCUUCCAUCCAUAUUGCAAGAUUACCGACUAUAAUGACUAUCCCAUGGCGCAACGGUGCUGGACGGGCGACGACAUUAUUCCUCUUCCAGACUUGAAGACAGAAGAUAGCAAAGUGCAGAGCAUGCUUGAAGACUGGAUCAAACAGACCAUGUCUACAUAUAGCAUUGACGGGUUGCGUCUGGAUGCAGCAAAGCAUAUUACCCCUACCUUCUUGCCAUCGUUCCAAAAUGCAUCUGGCGCCUUUAUUACCGGCGAGGUCUUCGAACCCUCAGUGAAGACAAUCUGCGAAUACCAGAAUGACCUUCCCAGUGUUCCGAAUUAUCCUAUCUACUACUCAAUUCUUGAGGCAUUCACCAAGGCCAAUACGAGUUCGUUGACGAAUCAAGUCGAGGUUAUGAAACAGACUUGUCCUAACCUUGCCAAGAACGUCCUCACAUUCACGAUCCUCUUUGACGGUAUCCCGAUGAUCUACCAGGGCCAAGAACAGCAUUUCUCAGGUGCAAGUGACCCCGAGAAUCGCGAAGCCUUAUGGUUAUCGAGUUAUGACACGAAUGCCCCUCUCUACCAGCUUGUUGGAAAAUUGAACAGGAUCCGCAAGCACGCAGCCCAGAUCGAUCCAGCAUACCUGGAGACACAAACCUACCCUAUCUACACAGGCCGAAGUGAGAUGGGUUUCCGCAAAGGCCAGGAGGGCCGUCAACUUGUGAUGGUCUUAUCGACCCAGGGCGCGAACAGUAGCAAAUACGAGCUGGACAUGCCAAUUGGCUACCAGCCGGGGUUUGUGGUUAUGGAUGUGCUUAGCUGUGUCAGUUACUUGGUCAAUGAUAUGGGACUUCUCAAGAUAGACAUGGACAAAGGAGAACCUCGGGUCUUAUUUCCCGUCAAUAUGAUGGAAGGCAGUGGUCUGUGUGGGUUUCAGAUAUCGAACGAGCCGACAUACCUUACGCUGAAAAAGAGACCAAUGCGGUCCUCUGGGAGCAAGGUCGUCGCUUGGUCCAUCCUGACCUUGUCAUCAAUAAUCAUAGGCUUUGUCACAACUUGUACAGUAUGA